AUCGUUGAAAUGUGCAGGACUUCGUAGAUACCUUUUGAAAGAAUAUUCAUAUACGUUUAGAUAGCCCUCCCGAUUCGGAAUCCUGGGAGUUUGCCCAUUUUUAGGUUUCCUUAACCUGGCUUCACAGAUUGUUGGCCUACAUGGGAUUUAAAAAUUGAUUCAGAUGUCCUGGGUGCAAUAAGUGGUCGUCAACCUCUGUCAAGUGUCGGCGAUUGUCAACUUUGCUCUGAUGAUGGCAUCGAGAAGCCUUUUCCUCGCGAUCGCACUGCUGGGACUCCAACCCCACUUUCUAACAGCUUUUUCUAAAGUUGUAUCGAAGAAGAGAGCCGAGAACGAGCUUCAGAGGGAGGAGUUGGAGGCUUUGUCUCUCAAGGCAUCCGAUGGCGUUAUUCACUUUACUCCCCAGAUGUUUGAUGACUACGUGACUGGCAAGCGACGGCCAUAUGCCCUGAUUGUCUUCUGCACAGCGUCCCACCUUCUUGACAAGCAGCAACUGAACCUGCGAGGCUUGCGCAAGGAGUUUGGGCUGUUGGCCACGGAGGUCAAGAAGUCUGGAAAACAAGGUGUCUUUUUCGUGAACCUGGAGUUCAAGGAGAGCAAAGCCAUCUUUCACCGCUUGGGUGUCCAGUCUUUGCCGUGGAUCGUCCACGUGAACCCCAAUGUGCCUGUGGGAGCUGAUGGUGUCAUCAAAUUUAAGCAAGAGGAUGUGAUGCGCCAUGAUGAUUAUGGCCACCACCACUGGAAGGCAGAGGACAUGGCUGCAUUCCUGCGUGACAAGACAGGCAUCAACAUUGAGAAGGUGGAGCGGCCGUCGUUCAUGCGCUCAGGCCUGUUCCCUGUGGUAUUCCUGGCAGCUGUGCUGGCGCUGGGUGCCAUCGCAUACAAUCUGUACUACGCCGAGUUCAUGAAGAACCUGGUCCUGUGGACUCUGGGCGUCCUUUUUGUCUACUGGUUCUCAGUCAGCGGCGGCAUGCACAACAUCAUCCGCGGUGUUCCGCUCUACUACCCUGACCAGGAGGGCAAGAUCAAGGUGUUCUUGCCAUCAAAUCAAGGGCAGCUGGGCUUGGAAGGCUUCAUCAUGGGCUUCAUGUACCUGCUAUUUGGCUUAUCUGUGGCUUCGCUGACAUUCGCUGUUCCCAAGCUGGCCGACCCGAGCCACAGACGGACAGCAUCAUAUGUCUGCAUUGUCUUUGCUGGCCUUGUCUUCAAGCAGAUCGUCGACAACUACACCUGGAAAACAGGCUACCGGUGGAGAGUAUACUUCUAGUCAGCGUGUCCUGCGUCUGAUGGGAAAGAAUGUGCCCAUCGUUAUACGUAUACCCAUAGUCUACUAUGGUCUAAGACUCUCUCGGUCUUUGGGCUCUUUGCAUUGCACAGCUGUGGUUUGCAUCAGAAAAUGACUUUGCAAUCUGAGAAGCGAGCCGCCAGUGUACCACUUGUUGUGAAACAAUUGCAAGCGUGAAGCAUUGGAAGUGAAAUGCAAACAUUAACCAAGCACUUUUUUGCGAGCUCUGCAGUAUGGACUUGACAUGUGCUGUCAUCUAUAAGGCAUACCAGCAGCAAC